AUGCCAGCUUCGAGUCUAAAGAAGGGAAUCUUUAGAUUAAUCACUAUUGAAACCAGGAGAGAAUACAACUCAAAACUUCUCGCUUGUAUAGGCAGGCUGGCGUUAAUCCUUUGGCAGCUAAUAAAAACUGGUGGUAGAGAUGAUUGUUGCUUGCCUACUUUAGCCACUAUUCCAGUCUGGAUAGGCUUGUAUCAAGCUCUUUCAAAUGUGGCAAAUGAGGGAUUGUUGAUUGAAGUUUUCUUUUGGAUCCCUUCUUUGGGUGGGCCAACUACAAUUGCUGCUCGACAAAGUGGAUCUGGGAUUUCUUGGCUUAUUCCAUUUUUGGAUGGCCAUCCACAAUUGGGUUGGCAUGACACUGCUGCAUACCUUGUUUUACCCGUGCUUCUUGUUGUCAGUCAAUAUGUUUCAAUGGAGCUGAUGAAGCCUCCCCAGACGGAUCCAGCCCAAAAGAACACACUUCUUGUUCUCAAGUUUCUUCCGCUUAUGAUUGGUUACUUUUCGUUAUCUGUUCCGUCAGGUUUAUCAAUUUACUAG